UUCCGCCCACUCCGCCUCCGGGUUGUCAGGGUAACCGUAGCGACGCCUGCCCUGGCUGAGAGGCGUUAGGAGCCUGGGGGCUCGCCCGCGGAGGCCGGGGAGCAGCCGACCAUGGAGCCCCAGAAAAUCACGCCACCCUCAAAGCCUCAUCCACCUGUCGUGGGCAAAGUGACUCAUCACAGCAUUGAAUUAUACUGGGAUCUGGAAAAGAAAGCCAAACGCCAAGGACCUCAGGAGCAGUGGUUCAGGUUCUCGAUUGAAGAAGAAGACCCCAAAAUGCACUCUUACGGUAUCAUUUAUACGGGAUAUGCAACGAAGCAUGUUGUUGAAGGUCUGGAACCAAGGACGCUGUACAGAUUUCGCCUGAAGGUCACCAGCCCCUCUGGGGAGUGUGAGUACAGCCCACUCGUCUCAGUGUCUACGACCAGAGAGCCCAUAAGUAGCGAGCACUUGCAUCGGGCUGUUAAUGUGAAUGAUGAAGAUUUGCUUGUCCGAAUACUUCAAGGAGGCCAUGUUAAGGUUGAUGUUCCCAAUAAGUUUGGCUUUACUGCUCUGAUGGUUGCUGCCCAGAAAGGAUACACCAGGCUUGUGAAAAUCCUAGUUUCUAAUGGCACAGACGUGAAUCUGAAGAAUGGAAGUGGCAAGGACAGUCUAAUGCUGGCGUGCUAUGCGGGACACCUAGAUGUUGUGAAAUAUCUCCGAAGACACGGCGCUUCUUGGCAGGCUAGAGACCUGGGCGGCUGUACGGCUCUGCACUGGGCUGCAGAUGGAGGCCACUGCAGUGUGAUUGAGUGGAUGAUAAAGGAUGGCUGUGAGGUAGACGUCGUGGACACUGGUUCAGGAUGGACCCCACUCAUGAGAGUCUCUGCGGUGUCGGGAAAUCAGAGGGUGGCCUCUCUUCUAAUUGAUGCUGGAGCCAAUGUGAAUGUGAAGGACAGAAAUGGAAAGACGCCCCUUAUGACUAUAUUCACUAGCCUGCUCUAUGGAAGAAGUGUGCGUCCCUUCUGGUUGACAUCAAGCUUGGCAAAACUGUCCACCCUCCUGAUCAAUAUCGAACCAUCCUUAUAUUCUUGAGAUCAUCUCCCUGGGUUAUGGUGGACUGCAGGAUUCUUCAUGCUCAUAUGCUAUGUAUGUUUGCUCUUUUUCUUCUUUUUGCUUAAUGAGAUUAGAAGCUGGUCUAUAUACACUGUUUGAAUUUUCCCAAUGAGCAACUCAUAGUUUUAUUAGCUCUACUUUUUUCUAAUGAACUUAUCCUUAGGUCUACAAAUUCAUUUCUUCUAUUUUUUUCCCCUGGGUUUAUUUUAUUGUUCCUUUUAUAACUUAUAGUAGAUAUUAAAUUCCCUUUUUCAUCCUUUACAAAUUAAUAUAUAGAUUUAGGGCUAUGAAUUUCCCCCCAGCAGUGCUUUAGUUACAUUAUCAUAGAAGUUUUCUAAACUUUUGAUGAAAAAUACAACUGGGAGAACUUGCUAAGUACACAUUUCAUAGCCCCAUCUCAGCUCUUUGAAUUGGAAUCUCCAAGGAAAGGGCAUGAGCAAUGGAUUUUAAUGGGUUUGAACAAGCAUCACAAGUGAGUUCUUCUAAUUCCAAGAGUUUGAGGAUCCCUACCAUCAUGUGUGCUAUUACAAAUGUUUUCACUUGCUGUUUUCUAAUCUGCAAUUCAUCUUUGAAAACUAAUGAAUCAUUACAUUUCUAGCA